AUGUAUGGACGAAGAUCCUCCGAAAGAGCCACCACAGACUCUUUAGACAUGCUGAACAUCUCGGUCCAGGCCUUAUCAUCGACGCGGCCAUGCUCGAAGUCGUCCCACCAGCGACUCGACCUCCCAGGCUUUACCCAAAUAGUGCGUAUGAUCUUCUUGCGCUUGGUUCAGUCGAAAUACAAAGACAUCCACGAAGAGUUUGUGAGACAGUAUCCCCGGGGCCGAAAUGAUGACUUCCCCCACAGCGGCGAGGAGAUCACAUCCAAGUCACAAAUCACGUCCAAAUUAAAGGCGGUUCGGACCAAAUACAGGAAAGCGAUGGGUUCGGGGAAGAGAAAAGGCCAAGGGCGGGUCAUAUUGAUUUACUAUGAACUGUGCCAGCUAAUAUGGGGAGGACCACCGGCCACCGAGACGAUCGCAGCCGGGUUGGAGACAGCCGACUAUGAGUUCGAAUACGAGUAUGAGUAUGAAGUUCCCCCCGCGAUUAGCCGCAGCUCAACACCUUUAUCAGAGACCCAAGAGAGCUCGGAUGAGGCAGAUACCAAAGACGCGUUGCCCCCCGUGGUGAGCUCCAAACGAGACGCGCUGCAAGCGACGAUUGAUAACAUCAAAGAGAAUCGCAAACGAAAGCUCUCGUCCGAUCCAGCCGUAGAAGAGGACCUUCAACUCAAACGAAGAAUGUUGGAGUUUGCCGAGGAGGCAGAGAAGAACAAUAAACAGCAAAUGGAAGAGCUUACACUGCUGCUCUCUGAUUGGCUGAGCGCGGCGGGCGGACACCACCACGGGCUCGGUCCUCCAGGCUCGCGGAGAGCGAAUGUCGUCAUGAGCGAACCACAGGACAACAUGGCCGCCACAGUCGCCGUGAGUCCCAGUGAAUAUCUGCAGCCCUCCUCCUCCACCACCACCACCACCACCACCACCUCCUCCUCCUCCACACAGCAGGACUCUCAGCCCUCUCCUUUGGCUCUGCUCGCUGCCACAUGUUCAAAGAUCGGUCCUCCUGCAGCUCAGGCGCCCGUGUCUCCUCCUCCGUCUCAGCCUCAGCCGCGGAGACUGAUGCCCAUCAAGCCAGCCCCCAUCGCCCCCGCACCCCCCAAGAACCUGGGCUUUCUCUCCAAAGGCAACCAGCUCAUCCAGCUCCCGACUCUGGGGUCCGCAGCCCCCGGAAGCCCCAUUGUACUCACAAUACAGCAGAGCCCCGCGAGAACCAAUGUGUCGAACAUACAGUAUCAGAUCCAGGCGCCGCAGACCAUCCAGAUGAUGCCUCAGGGCGGGCAGCAGAUCCAGAUCAUUCCCAACACCAACCAGGCCAUAAUGACUGUUCCGAGCCCCGCCCCUUCGCCUGCACCCACCCCAAAGACCGUCCCCAUCAAACCCUCCUCCGCAAAGUCCCGGAAACAACAGCAUCAACAACUGAACCAACCGCUGCAGAUCCAGGCGGCGGCUCCCAACAGUGCUCACAACAUAGUGACGCUGCCUGGCGGCCUCACGCUGCCCCUGAACGUCGCCACGACAGAAGUGGACGAUAUGAUGACGGAGGCCUCCACGGGUCCGAACAUUUUGAAAGGGCGUCGUGGGAGAAAGAAGAAAAUCCUGGCCAAUCAGAAUCAAGUGGUGGUCCAGGCCGAGUCGCAGCUGCAGCAGCAAGAGCAGAUGGAGGCAAUUCUCAUCGAGGCCGGGGAUAAUAUUAUACAGGCGGGCAACAACCUGCUGAUCCUGCAGAGUCCUGGGCAGCCGGCGAUGGUGCAGCAGGUGCAGCUGGUGCAGCCCAAACAGGAGUCCCAGAUGGUGCAGAUCCCACAGCAGGCUCUGAAAGUGGUCCAGGCCGCGUCCGCCACUCUGCCCCAAGUCCCACAGCGGCAGAGCGCCCCCACCAGCAUCCAGGUGUCCACCGCAGAGCCCACGCCCACACAGUUUUUAUUCAAGAACUCCUCCGGCGAGUGGCAGGCAGUGCAGAUCCAGGAAACGACGUCGCAAACCACCAUCCCCUCGGUCGCCACGGUGACGACGCCGGUUUCCACGUCGUCGUCACCGAUGUUGACCAAUAGGAAGAUUGCCCUGGGCGGCGUGAAGAAGGAGCGCACUCUGGCUAAGAUCGCGCCGGCGGGAGGCGUGAUCACCCUGAACGCUCCGCUGUCUCCGCCGCCGCAACAAACGGUUCAAACCAUCAGCAUCAAUGGGGUCCAGGUGCAGGGCGUGCCAGUCACCAUCACCAACGCUGGCGGCCAGCAGCACCUGACAGUUCAGACGGUGCAGGGAGGAGGGCUGCAGCUCUCGGCCCUGAACCAGCCCACGGUGCAGAUGGACUCUCUCACUCUGGAACUGCCCCCGGGACCCGGAGAGAAGAAGAGGAGAGUGGCCUGCACCUGCCCCAACUGUAAAGACGCGGACAAGAGGCCGGGGGAGGUGGGGAAGAGGAAGCACAUCUGUCACGUUCCCGGUUGCGAGAAGACGUUCAGGAAGACGUCUCUGCUGCGCGCGCACGUUCGGCUGCACACCGGGGAACGGCCUUUCGUCUGCACCUGGGUUUUCUGCGGGAAGAGGUUCACAAGAAGCGACGAGCUGCAGCGGCACGCACGCACACACACAGGAGACAAACGGUUCGAGUGCAGCCAGUGUCAGAAGCGCUUCAUGAGGAGCGACCACUUGACGAAGCAUUAUAAGACUCACAUAAACACAAAAAACCUGUGA